GAAAUCUGGGCGAGGCUACACGCUGUGAAAUAAUCCGGAAGUAAAGCACAAAAACUCAACCGAACAAAAAAACAACAACAAAGAAGUUUCUGUUACAUUUUUUCUCGGUGUCUCGCGCAGCCGUGUAUUCCUCGGGCCGCACGCGCAGGACCUGUGAUUUGUCCCUCUGCGGUGUUUAGUGUGUGUGUGUUAGUGUGUGUGUGUGAGAACUCGGACAUGGGCUGCUGCGGGAGCACUGGGAAAACUCGAGAGUGGAAGCCUUUAGAGGAGAGGAGAUGUACAGAUGUUCCCUGGCUCAUCCUCUUCGCCUUAUUCAACAUCGGAAUGCUCUUCAUUUGUGGUUUCUCCAUAUCGACCGGCGCCGCCUCCAGACUCAUCUCAGGUUACGACAGCUAUGGAAACAUCUGUGGUCAGAAGAACACCAAGAUUCCCGGGAUCGAACUGAGCGGCCGAGACCAGACAGCGAAUGAGUGAGUAAGAUGACCGAGG